CCCAAGCGCCCGCGGCACCGUAUUCUAUUCGCCAAAAGCCAAGGGAUGGGGAGGGGGCCGUCCAAGUUGCGUGUUGUUUAGACGCGCCAAAAGGCAAAAAGGGUGGGAGGAGGAAGCGGCAGGGCUCCCGAGCACAAGCACGCCACGCGAUCCCCGCCGCUCCCCCGCACACGGCAAGCAACGCUCGAGGUCGAGGCUCGUGCUCGCCCCGCGCUACCCGCGAAAGAUCUGUGCUUGCUUCGCUCGCUUGUGGCGGGUCUCGCCGCUGCGUGGGUGCCGAUGAGCUGCACGGGGGCGGGGCAGGCCGGCGGCGGGUGGCUGCUCGAUUACGGGCUGGUGGAGGAGGAGAUCCAGGGCUCGGAGUUCAUGUACAUGGUCGACGACCCGGCCGUCUCCAGCGUGAUACUGGGGUUCGAUGCUCCCAGGAAGGACGACGGCGGCGUCCAGGACAACUCCGGCGCCAAGAAGAGAUCCCGGCCAGAGUCCAGCGCACCACCUGGCACCAAGGCUUGCCGUGAGAAGCUCCGGCGAGACAGGCUCAACGAAAGGUUCAACGAGCUCUGCGCCAUCUUGGAGCCCGGCAAGCCACCAAAGGCUGACAAAGUUGCCAUUCUAAGCGACGCUGCCCGUCUUCUGAACCAGCUGCGUACCGAGGCCCAGAAGCUUAAGCAAUCAAAUGAAUCACUCCAGGACUCCAUCAAGAGUCUCAAGGCUGAGAAGUCUGAGCUGCGAGAUGAGAAGACGAGGCUCAAGGCCGAGAGGGAGAGGCUGGAGCAGAUGCUCAAGGGCGUCAGCCACGCCGCAGUGGCGGCUCCAGCGCCCUUCGUCCCGCACCCUGCUGCUGCAGCCGCCGCUCCAUCUUUCCACCCGGCGGCGGCGUUUGCUCAGGCUGGUAAGUUCGUGCCGUACCCCAGCUACCCGCCGCCGGCUGCGUUCUGGCAGUGGAUACCGCCGACGUCCCUCGACACGACCAAGGACCCCGCACACUGGCCGCCGGUCGCCUAGUCGAUCUACCUACCAGCUCGCCAUGGCAUCAUUGAUCGGUGAUGCGUUGCCCGCCGUGUGUACUGAGCUUCUUGCUGUGUCGUAUAGAAUUUGACCAAAGCAUGCCUGGAGAACAACUUCGGGUGCUGAUUGUGUAGCAGUGUGUUAUGCUUGUGGACGUGGCGUGCUAAAAUUCAGGCGAUCAAGGCCGAUUGGAUAAGUCUAUGUAACAGCCAUAAUGCUAAAGCAAUGAAGGUGAUAAUAUAACUGAAUCAGACUAUUGUAGUAGUGUUUCCCGAGAUCAGUAGACAAA